AUGUCUUCCUCUAUUGGUAUUGAUUUAGGUACAACUUACUCAUGUGUUGGUGUCUGGCAAAAUGAUCGUGUUGAAAUCAUUGCUAAUGAUCAAGGUAACAGAACCACCCCAUCAUACGUUGCUUUCAACGAAACUGAACGUUUAAUUGGUGAUGCUGCUAAGAAUCAAGUUGCCAUGAAUCCAACCAACACCAUCUUUGAUGCCAAACGUUUAAUUGGUCGUAAAUUCUCUGAUCCAGUUAUCCAAUCCGAUAUGAAACAUUGGCCAUUCAAAGUUAUCGCCAAAGAAGGUGACAAACCACAUCUCCAAGUUGAAUUCAAAGGUGAAGUUAAAACUUUCUCACCAGAAGAAGUCUCUUCAAUGGUUCUCUUAAAGAUGAAAGAAACCGCUGAAGCUUACCUCGGUAAAACCAUCAACAACGCCGUUAUCACCGUUCCAGCUUAUUUCAACGAUAGCCAACGUCAAGCCACCAAAGAUGCAGGUGCCAUCGCUAAAUUAAACGUCCAACGUAUUAUCAAUGAACCAACUGCCGCCGCUAUUGCCUAUGGUCUCGAAAAGAAAUCACAAGGUGAACGUAACAUCUUAAUUUUCGAUUUAGGUGGUGGUACAUUCGAUGUUUCUCUCCUCACCAUUGAAGAUGGUGUCUUUGAAGUCAAAGCUACCGCUGGUGAUACCCAUUUAGGUGGUGAAGAUUUUGAUAACCGUCUCGUCAACCACUUUGUCGAUGAAUUCAAACGUAAACACAAGAAAGACUUAAUGACCAACCAACGUGCCCUCCGUCGUUUAAGAACUGCUUGUGAACGUGCCAAGAGAACUUUAUCUUCAUCUGCUCAAGCUUCAAUUGAAAUUGAUUCCCUCUUUGAAGGUAUUGAUUUCUACACCUCAAUCACCAGAGCUCGUUUCGAAGAAUUAUGCGCUGAUCUCUUCCGUGGUUGUUUAGACCCAGUCGACAAAGUCUUAAAAGACUCCAAAUUAGACAAGAAGACCAUUCACGAAAUCGUCUUAGUCGGUGGUUCAACUCGUAUUCCAAAGGUUCAACAAUUAUUACAAGAUCAUUUCAACGGUAAAGAACUCAACAAAUCCAUCAAUCCAGAUGAAGCCGUUGCCUAUGGUGCUGCCGUCCAAGCUGCCAUUCUCUCCAACGAAGGUGGUGCUAAAGUUGCCGAUAUCUUAUUAUUAGAUGUUGCUCCAUUAUCAAUGGGUCUCGAAACCGCCGGUGGUGUCAUGACUACCCUCAUCCCAAGAAAUACUACCAUUCCAUGCAAAAAGAACCAAACUUUCUCCACCUACUCUGAUAACCAAACUGGUGUCUUAGUUCAAGUCUACGAAGGUGAACGUGCUAUGACUCGUGAUAACAACUUAUUAGGUAAAUUCGAAUUAACCAACAUCCCACCAGCUCCACGUGGUGUCCCACAAAUUGAAGUUACUUUCGAUAUCGAUGCCAACGGUAUCUUAAAUGUCUCUGCUGAAGAUAAGAGCACUGGUAACAAACACAAAAUCACCAUCACCAACGAUAAAGGUAGACUCACUGCUGAACAAAUCGAAAAGAUGGUCAAAGAUGCUGAAAUGUUCAAAGCUCAAGAUGAAGCCCAACGUGAAGUUGUUGAAUCAAAGAACAAAUUAGAAAACUACGCUUACACCGUUCGUAGCACCAUUAAAGACGAUAAGAUCGCCGCCAAAUUAUCAAAAGAAGAUCGUAAGACCGUCGAAGAGAAAUCCGAUGAAGCCAUCAACUGGUUACAUGCCAACGACUCUGCCACUAAAGAAGAAUACGAAAAAGCCAUGAAAGAUUUAGAAGCUGUUUGUUCACCAAUCAUCUCUAAAGUUUACGGUCAACAAGGUGGUGAAAACCCAGGUAACUUCUCUGGUGCCAAAACCACUGAAGAAGAUUUAGAUUAA